AUGUCAGAGUUAAAUUCAUCAAAUUCAAAUCAAUCUUCACCAAAAGUAAGUUUAACUGCUAAUGAAAGAACCAAAUUAAAUGCAGUAGUUGAUUCUUUACUUGAUGGUUGUGAAUUGGAAGCAAUAAAACCAUCUGCAAUUCCAAAAAUUGAAUUAAUUUUGCAUGAAAGGCAUGAAUUAGCAAUUGAAAAAGAAGAUUAUUUAGUAGCCCAACAGUUAGCAGAACAUUUAAUCAAACUACAAGAAAUUAAAGAAAAUCAAUCUUUUAAUUAUUCUUUAUCAGAAAACACGAGUCAGUCUCCGAAAAGUUCAUUUCAAUUUGAAGAAACACCAGAAAAGGAAUAUGUUCCAACUAAUGUCGAAUCGCCGAAAAAAGUCAACGAUAAUAAACCUCCGAAUAUCACAAUAGAAAAUGCUCCAAACAAAAAACAGCCUACUCCUAUCCAAUCACCUACUGAAAAACAUCCAAAAACGCCAACUUCUCCAAAGAAAACAAGAAUUCCGAUUUUUACUCGGAAAUCUAUAUCCAAUAACAGUGAUAAUACAUCAGUUAAGAGUGAACAAUCAUCAAUAGAUACGGAAUCAUUCUUACAAACUGAAACAGAAGUGAUGAAAAUUGUAAAUAAUAUUGAAACAAGAAUUACAGCUUCUAGUUCAUUAAAUGAAGUUAAACUUGAAACCAACACCAAGCCAAAGCUGCAAAUUAAUAUUGAUUCCCCUGUAAUUUUCCAAAUUCAACUAAAAGAAGAUUCAAAUCCAAGAAGAUCAUCAAUAGAUACGGCCAAAAUAGAUCUCAAUGAUGGGUCAAGCGUUGUUGACGUCCAUUCUGAUGAUAUUGAACAGAAAAUCGAUGCAAUUCCUCAUACAUCAAAUUCCCUUGAUGCUACAGAUAAUCUUGAUGACGUUAUUUCUGUUAAGAAGCAGAGCCUUAGAAGGAAAUCGAUAGAAGAAAAUAAUUUGGAUAAUUUUGACGAUUUGAUCGACAAACCUUCCAUAAACAAGGAUCACAUAUCAAUGAUCAGUAUUCCUAAUGAUGAUUUAAUUCUUUGCGAUUUGGAUGAAGAAUCUGUUAGCAUUCAAUCAAAACCUGUAAAGAAAGAAGAAAAAGAUUUAGCUUCUAGAGUUGAAUAUUUAGAAAAUGAAGUAACUGAUCUUAAAGCUCUGAUACAAAUCCUUCAGCAGGAAAUGCAAGACAGAUUUUACGUUUAA